CUCCCAGGUAUUAUAGAAGUAUUUCACUGAUUUGGUUCUAAUUUUUGAAAAGUAAAAUAGUAAGUUUUAUGCCGAACAUCCGGAGGGUUUUAAUGUAGUCACUGUAAUAAAAUGUGUAUCCUUUUUAUUUCAGCCGAAAAUAUCUGUAUUUGAUUGUGAAACGAUGGUUUCUUUUUGUUGAUGCGUAUGUACUGUCAAACAAUCAUCUUCUCUUCAGGUGUCUUAACUGUUUGAUUGCAGUGGAAUAUUUUUUUCUCUAGGGUGCAUAUCAUGGAACUUAUGUUCGGCGAAGUUGAUGAAUCACACAAUGUUUUUCUCGAGAGAUCAAGUCCUGUGACGGAGGUCAAUAACUGUGUUAGUCAAACAAAGAAUAACGAAAUUAAGGUGCCCGAUAAUAAUGAUAAUGAAACUUCAGGAGGAAGCAAUAGUGUAUUACCCCAUAAAGAAAGUGGGAUACAGCCUUCUACUUAUCAUGGUAAAAAUUUGCUGUCAAAUGAAGCCAGACCAAGUGAAACUUAUUCUUAUGAUUCUGAGCAACAGCAUAGUAAUCUCAGACCGUGGAAGCCUGUGGACCAGCGAUUUACUGCUUUGAAAUAUGCAUGCGAUAAGCUGUUAGGUGAUAACUGUGCGCUUUAUGAAUAUGGUCCUAGAUGGCAUGUUGAUGUAGACGAAGCAUCGAAAAGUAAUGGGCCUGUUCGUACAACCCCUUCUCUCAACAGAAGUGGUAAUUUUGGUGUUGAUUUGUUGAAACCACAGUGUUGGCAACCUACAGCUGAAACAUACAAUAAGUGGAGAGCGAGGGUUCGUGCUUUGGGUAAUUAUGCAAAAUGGCACCAAGGGGAGUUAUUUAUACACAACUUUGGACCCAGCGAUCGUCAGUUGUUUAAUGAUGCAGUUAUGAAAUUUGGUCUUCCACCACCUGGUAUUAUUCCGCCCCGAAAUUGGCUUCCAUCAGCUUUACAUCAUAAAUCUCACCUUCAUCUCUUUGGUUAUGUGGACUUAUACAUGAAGCAUCUAUGUGAUGACCGAUAUGCUUUAGAUGAUUCGAAAGACACAUGGUCCGAUGGUUUACCUAAGGAACACCUGUGCGUCCCUGCUGUACUAUCACGUGUUGCAAUGCUGGUUCUUAUUAGAAAUAAAGUAUUAGAAUAUGAAGAUAUUAACGGUGCAAGAAGUAUUGCUACUGAUGAUGAAUAUUCUGAAUUUAAAUUUAACAUAGAUGAAGGUGGCUUAUCAUUAUUGCGUUCUAUGUGGAAUGAUGAAUGUGCACAAAUCAACAAUAUCCGUGAAACAAUUUGCUCCCAAUCACAGAUGGCUGGAGACUCUGAAAUGAUACUAAAGAGUCAAAGAAUUUGGCAUUCACGUCAUGAUUAUUGGUUGCUUGCUGGUAUACUUGUUCAUGGAUAUGCCAAUUGGGAUGAUAUACUGGCCGAUCCACGUUUCGUUAUAGUAAAAUUUGGAGUGUCUGGUGUACUAGACGCUAUGAAUAGACUUAUGAAUUCUGAAUUAACAACUGUGCCUGUACGUAUUCCCUCAGACUAUACCGAAUUUCAUGCCUUUUUAACGGAUCGUUUAAAAUUGAUUGAGCAAGCUUUAGUUAUCGAACAAUCUUUAUAUGAAGUUGCUGAAGUUGCUGUUACCAGAAGCACAGACCAGACAUCAUUAGAUUCAGGUCGUAUUAAAGAUGCAGCUGUUAAUUUAUCUAACAAAUUAAUUCUAUCGGAUACCAAUAAAUGUAUUGUUUUACCUAAGGAUUCAAAAGCAAAAGAAGCAACACGUGCAGCGGUUCGUAAUCUUCAGGAUCUACUUGAAGAUAUGUAUGCAGAUCUUCCUGGUAUGCCAGCCUCAUUAAUAAUCAUAGAUGGAUGUAACAGCGAUUCCAAAGCGAAAAACGCGCCAAAUCUAUCGAAUGAAAGUAGGAAUGGUAUGAUUGCUGACACCUCAUCGCAUUUAUCAAACAAUAUACAAACGGAUGCCUAUAAUAAUGGUGACCAUAGUGUGACUAGUGACAAUGAAUUAAUUUCAGGCGAACUAACUCGUUCUUGUAAUGAAAGAGGUGUUGUUGAUUGUCCAAAACUUCUGUCGGAAACAUUCCACCAUAGUUGUGAAGCUGAUAAACUUCAAAGCACAUCUCUGUCCGAUGAGCCCAUAGUUAUUGUAUUGUCCGACGACGAAGAUAGUGUGCAACAAAAUUCUAUUGAGAGUCAAGCGACUGAUCGUUUCAAUCCGGAAAACGACACUACCAAUAAAAAUAAUGCUGGCGAAGUUUGUGUAUUUUCAAACCUACCUAAAACAGUCAGUGGUGGUGGUAACUCUCUGUACUUCACUAGUUGA